CAAAAAGCCUAGCAAGUCCCCCCAGACCUCCAUUGUUUUUCCGUCAUUGGCGUUUGUCCCGCUCUAGUUGGGAAGCUACCCAAAAGUUUAGAGCAGGUGCACAAGGGACGAACUUUACGGUUAACAGUGUUUAAAAGCUGCCCAGAAAGUCAAAGGCACAUUUCAAAAUGACGUCCAAGAGGGCAUUGCCUGCCGGUGAAGACGAAGAGACUGAAAACCAAGUCCCGGAGACAGCUACCAAGCGCCAACGAUUAGAGACUGCCCAACGUGUGCGAAACGCAACUGUUCGCUCCGCGGACUCUAGUUUUCACGAAAAGCGUAUACAAUGGUUCUGGGAGCACCGAGACCUUUUUGAACCCCUAUUACCCGAAAAGAGCUUUUUCACAAAGCUGGCUGAAUGUCCGCCCCUUGGUGAGACUAUCCCUCGAAGGGAGGUGCCGACGCCUGCGAGUGUGCAAGCUACUUUGAAGGAUUAUCAGAUGAGGGGGUUGAGCUUUUUGGUACAUAUGUACGAAAAUGGGGUGAACGCCAUUUUGGGGGACGAAAUGGGACUUGGAAAAACUCUUCAGACCCUCAGUCUCUUUGCCCACAUCAAAGAGCACAGCAACGGAGGUCCCUUCUUGGUUGUUUGUCCUCUCUCUGUUCUCGGCAGCUGGGCGACGGAGAUCAGCCGCUGGACACCCUCUUUGACCUCCAUCACCAUCCACGGGGCUCAAUCGGAACGCGCGAGAAUCAAAUCACUAUGCUUGACCAAUCAGUAUGAUAUUUAUGUUACGACAUAUGAGCAGUAUGUGGCAGAGCAAGGGUGGUUCAAGAGUUUUCGAUGGAAGAUUGUGGUGUUGGAUGAAGGACACAAGAUUAAGAAUGAGAAUACGAAUGUGUCCGUUUCGUUGAGAGGAUUAAAUGCACAAUUUCGAUUGCUUUUGACGGGAACCCCUUUGCAAAAUAACUUGCACGAAUUGUGGGCUUUGCUUCAUUGGUUGUUUCCGGAAGUCUUCACACCCAAAACUGUCAAGAAGUUUGACGAAAGUUUUGAUCUUAAUAAAGGUCAAUAUGAUUUGGCUGUGCUGGAUUAUUCCCGCCGAUUGUUGGAACGAAUCAUGUUGCGGAGGUUGAAGAACCAAGUUGAUUUUCAGAUUCCACCAAAAGAAGAGAUGACUCUGUACGUUCCCCUAUCACCCAUGCAACGCUUUUGGUACAAGCGCCUCCUGACCGGUCUGGAUACCAUGACCCUUCAAGAAGUAUUUUCAGCGACUCAUAAGGAGAGCUCAGAGGAAGUGCAUUCGGCGAGUGAGAUGAAACAGUUUGAAGAGACAAAGGCGGCAAUGGAGUAUUCAAUGAAGGCCGGAGGCAACGAAUGGAAGAAACUGAUGAAUUUAUUGAUGCAGUUGAGAAAAUGUUGCAAUCAUCCGUAUAUGUUACCGAACUCGGAGCCGGAGCCGUUCCUGCCAGGAGAACACUUGGUUCUCGCGUCGUCCAAAAUGGUUCUCCUCGACAAACUCCUCAAACACCUCAAAGCAGGUGGUCAUAGAUCUCUCCUUUUCAGCAGCUUCACCGGCAUGCUAGAUAUUCUUGAAGACUAUUUAAUUUACCGCGGUGUCUCAUACUGUCGUCUCGAUGGAUCUACAGCCCGACCGCGGCGGAAUCUGGAUAUCCGAUUAUUUAACCACAAGGAUUCUCCUUAUGAAGUAUUUCUAAUUUCGACGCGGGCGGGUGGAUUGGGCAUCAACCUCACAGCGGCGGACACGGUCAUCUUCUUUGACAAUGAGUGGAACCCGCAGGUGGAUCUUCAAGCUCUUGCACGAGCCCACCGGAUUGGGCAAAAGAAAACGGUCCGAGUGUACCGUAUUGUCUGUCAAGACACGGUUGAAGAGCAAAUGCAGAGUCGUUUACAAAAGAAAUUGUUCCUUAGCGCCAAAGUCACUGAAGACAUGCAAGAUCCUACCGCGGUCAAUGAACCGCGCUUCACCAAGGGUGAACUCAUGUCCAUGUUACGACGAGGUGCGAGGGCUAUAACCAGGAUAUUCGAGUCCCCGGAGGAAUUUAUUGCUGCUAGUAUGAAUGAUAUUUUGCAAAAGAGUAGAGAGUAUCAAAAGAGGGUUGAUGGGGAGGCGGCAAUAGAAGAUCAGGAAGAGUUCACAUUAGAGGGAAUGGAAAUUGUUCAGUCACGGGUAUUUGAAGGGCGGGUGGUACAUAAGACCGCGAAGGAUAUCGGGAAUGAGUGGAACGAACUGGCCAAGCGAGUCCGCGAAGACCGUGUCGUCAUGGUCGAUGGCCACGCGGUUUUGAAGGAAACUGUCGGAUGCGACAUGUGGGAGGCGAGAUCGACUUUUUCGAAAAAUGCGGUUAUAGAGAAGAAGCGACGCAGAAGAAAAUUUGCCCACGAAGAGGUCUGCCAUGCAUGUAGCGAUGAAGACGAUCAGAGCAAACUUCUUGGAUGCACCUUAUGUCCCCGCUCUUACCACCCUAAAUGUGUCGGCAUGACCAAAGCGUCUGCGAAACAAUUGGUGACGUGGAGCUGUCCUCAACAUCUUUGUGUGGAAUGUCUGCGCAAAACUGGGGAUGCCGGGGGGAUGCUGUUUAGAUGUCAGAGCUGUUCGAAUGCUUUUUGCGAGGAUUGCCUUGAUUUUGACGAAAUUUUCCCCGUCGGGGAUGUUCUCCCUGAAUUCCUCCUCCUCGGUUUCCCCAAAGUCGGCCAAGCAUAUUACAUUCGAUGCACAGAGUGUCUAGACCAUUAUAAAACACAUCCGGAUGCUUUGAAGGAUUUGGAGGAGCAGAUGGAACGAGACUGGAAGGAAGUCGAGAAGCAGGAGACUGAGAUAGAGGAGGUGAAAGAGGUGAAAGAGGAGGUGAAGGUGGAAAAGCAAGAAACGAAAAAAGUAGAGAGAAAGUCGCGACAGGCCCUAUCGCCCCGCAAUGAGGGAACUACGUCGAGCUCGCUCUGGCCCGCUGACUUUUGCGAACGAGUACGAAAGAAGAUGCGAGCUUCUGGAUUGUAUACCCUAGGUCUCGUGGACGAGAUUAGACAGUUGGACCCUUCGGUGCAUGUAACAAAAAUGGGGCUGGAGAAAAUUUUGGACAGGUCCGUGAAUGCUCCGGCAUAUUUGCUGGGGAGUCAGCGGUUGAAGAGGGCUGUGGAGGUUUGGGUUGGGGGUGUGAAUUGAGAGUAAUUUUGGGUGUCGGUGAUUUCGUAAAGGUUACCUAUCCUUUUUUUCGCUAGUUAGAAUGCGAAUUAUUUUAUUGUGAUGGAUAUUCUGCAGUAUUUUUGCAAGACAAUUGCGUUGGAUCACGCCAAAUUGGCACGCCA